AUGUUGUCUGUCAUUUUAGCUACUUCAUUCAGAAUUUCUUCUUUUCUCUUCUUUUCUUUUGAAUUUAUUUUCAUUUCUUUCUUUUUUUUUUUUUUGUUUCUGACUUUGUUUUUAAAUUUUUCCUUCUCCUCUCUCUCUCUCUCUCUCUCUCGCAUCCUCUCUCUCCCCAAUUACCGUCCUUUCAAAAAAAAUCCUUUACAGCCAAGGAAACAAACCAAGAACGAAGCUCUGUAUUUAUCGAUCUAUCUCUCUAUCUCUCUAUCUAUCUAUCUCAUUCUAUUUCAUAUCUAUCUAUCUAUCUAUCUAUCUAUCUAUCUAUCUAUCACAUAUGUUAUCUAUCUAUCUAUCUAUCUAUCUAUCUAUCUAUCUAUCUAUCUAUCACAGUAUGUUAAUUAUCUAUGUAUCUAUCUAGCUAUCUAUCUAUCUCAGUCUCUAAACGCACUAGGACAUGAGUUACGAUUGAUUAAAUAUAUCCCCUCCCCUAACUUUCUUAAUAUCGUAUUGUUUCUAUCUAUCUAUCUAUCUAUCUAUCUAUCUAUCUAUCUAUCUAUCUCAUUCUAUUUCAUAUCUAUCUCAUUCUAUUUCAAAACUAUCUAUCUAUCUAUCUAUCUAUCUAUCUAUCUAUCUAUCUAUCUAUCUAUCUAUCUAUCUAUCUAUCACAGUCUGUUAAUUAUCUAUCUGUCUAUCUAUCGAUCUAUCUAA